AAAAGAUACCGAGAAGACUGUUGACGAGUCCUUGUACCCCCCAAAAUCUUUAUUGUCUUCUGACGUGACGAGAGGAUCGUCAAGAGGUCGGACUUAAUCUGGUGCCUCAGGCUGCAAGGCAUCCACCCACCUGAAUCGAUCGUCGCCGCUGCCACCAGUGACUAGCCGUCAUCUCAUCUCGCCCUUUCUCCCUUUCCAUCGACCAUCUCACAAAUCCAGCUCUUAUCCUCUUGAGACGUGCUCUCUUGCCGGGUGCCCUCGCUCGCUAUUAGUUUCUUUUUUCUCUCUCUCGAUACGUGAACAAGCGCGGUAGACCCUGUUCUUCCUCAUAUCUACGGCUGUAGAAGUUAAUCUCACCGCAUCCGUCUCCUUCCUCCGCUCGCCAUGAGCACGCAGCGGUAUCAACGGCUGAAUAAUGCCGAAGAGGACGACCAUGAGACGGAGCCGUUCCCUGCGAUUCCGUUGCAACCAAACGCAACCCCAUCUUCCCCUCCCCCCUCCUUUCACUCUCGCUCGCCAUCACCUUCGUCGAGACGGCUCUUACAAUAUGAUGAUCCGUACCGAAAUGAGACCGAGCAGACCCUUGCCGAUGCCUUUGGGGAGGAGGAUGAUUCCGACGCCGACGACGAGCCAGAUGACAGGCAACGGCUGAUGCGAGCCAGCCCGGAAGCGACAGAGCAGGGUAAUAAUACAUCAGCAUCCUCUGCCACCAUGGCCGCUGGAAGCCAUAAUGAGCAGCAUAGCGGCUCUGGUAUUCAGCGAAGACAGACGAUUUUACCUUCCUUCGGCGGUACAUCGAGUCGAUUGAUCACGCCGGCGAAUGAUGGUGUGUUCGCCAAUCUCGCGGCCAAACCGGAACGAGGAGAAAAGAACGAAGACCUUCCACCGUCCUAUGAAGAAGCUGCAGCAGAUGCCACACCCCCGUAUUGGGAGACCACCAUUAUCGCUCCGGGAAUCUCGUCUGAUGAGGUCUACAUCGAUGGAUUGCCAGUUGGGUCAAUCUUCUCUUUUGUCUGGAACGCCAUGAUCUCCAUGUCUUUCCAGUUGGUCGGCUUCCUUCUCACCUAUCUCCUGCAUACAACCCACGCGGCGAAGAAUGGGAGCAGAGCUGGUCUCGGCCUCACCCUCGUUCAGUACGGCUUUUACAUGAAAGGAGGUGCUGAGUCUCGGGGCUCAGGGGAUGGCAGUUCAGAGCAGUACGCCACUCCGCCAGACCCCAAUAGCCAUAGCUUCGACCCGAAUUCCGUCAACGAUAGUUCAGCCGGCGACGAUGCAAGCAGCGGGGGUACGCUGUCCAGCAUCUCCACCAGCGAAUGGAUAUCCUAUGUCCUGAUGAUCGUCGGCUGGUUUAUUCUGAUCCGAGCAGUCAGCGAUUUCCUCCGCGCUCGGCGACACGAGCAGCUCGUCCUGCAGAGUCCCGAGCGUGGCCUCCCCGUCCCGAUCAUUGCGGAAGGGGAGCGAUCGGAGACGGUCGUAUGAAUAUGGGCAUUACGACCUUGCUGGUCUUGUCUCUGUAGCCUGGAGUUCGGAGUAUACAGUUUUUCCCUAGCUCACCUGCGAGUUCGAAUCACUCGCGGGUUAUACUUUCAUUUUCAUUUUCUCUCCUUUCGGUCCUCCCCCUAUAACUAGUAUCCUGCACCUCAUGUACGUAUUCAAUCAAAGAUACCAGCGGUUUGUGGCUUUUCAACCGGAGCUGGACCGAGUUAUUUUUAUUUCCAUCGUACUACUACAGCCAUUGUACGAACUACGGAGUCAGCCUACAUGCGUGCGUAAGCCUCGUUGCCUCCACUAUCUACAGAGUAACUGUGGCUAGGCAGCUCUUUUCUUUCCUCCCGACAAUAGCAGUACUA